AUGUCAUUUCCCCAUUUCCCCGGUCCAAGGUACAACAUAGACACCUCUAAUUGUGCGGAGUUUUUGAAUGCGCUUUUUGAGAAUGCACGAAAGUUAUCUUUACUGCCUAUGCUUGAUGUAGUUAUUGAUAAAAUGGCCGAGUGGUUCAACAGACAAAUGAAGGAUGCAGCAGCCGGACUGUCUACUCGAAAAUUGGUUCCUUUUGUGGAAAACAAAAUUCAUAAAAGAGUACCGAAAGGUCAAAAACUCAUAGUGACUCCGCUAAACACUUUUGAGCUUGAAUACAGUGUUAUUGGAAAGGACGGGAAGACUUAUAUUGUUGAUUUGCAUCAGAAAAAGUGCAGCUGCAGGAAGUUCGAUAUAGAUAGAUACCCAUGUGCCCUUUCAAUAGGCGCUGACGUUAAGUGUUUGAAGCAUGAUAGACCACUAGAGUUGAGUGACAUGUAUGAUAUAAUCUCGCCUAAUUACUUGACUAAAGUGUGGGCUUUGGCGUAUCGAAGGACUAUAUAUCUAGUCCCUCAUAUGUCUGAAUGGAUGGUUCCAAAAGAUAUCGCUGAACAGUGUCCCUUACCGCCAGAGUACACGAAAAAAGGGAAGAACUCAGGAAAAAAAGUUUCCUUCGGUUGGCGAACGUGGGCCCCGUACCAAUAA